UGACUGCUGCUCAUCGGCAUGUAGGUUUUUCUAGUUCCGUUCUGUUGACUUAGACCAGCUGGAUUUACCUCUAUCAUGGCUAACUCCUUUAUCAUAUCAAUAGACUUUGGUACUGCAUACAGCGGCUAUGCCUACAGUUUGACACCGAGACAGGCAGAAACUGACCCGAUUGUGAAACCUUGGGGAAAAGACAGGGCCGGCGCUAGCCAUUUGGAGCAUGGAUUUGAAACCCCAAAGACUCCAACUUGCAUUCUCUUCAAUGAAGAUGAAGAAUUCUUCAAGUUUGGUUAUGAUGCCAAAAUGGCAUAUACUAAAAUGAGCAACCAAGAAGCAAAGAAAUACUACUUAUUUGAAAACUUCAAGAUGUCACUCUAUGGCAAACAACUCAACAGGAACCUAACCAUUGAAGCCACAAAUGGAAAGUCCAUGAGUGCCAUGAAGGUAAUCACAGAAACUCUGCGCUACCUGAAGGAACAUGCUCUGAAAACUGUUAAUGACAACAUGGCUGGAGCAAAGCUCACUGCCUCUGACUUCACCUGGGUGCUGACUCUGCCUGCUAUUUGGGAUGCCUCUUCAAAGCAGUUCAUGAGAGAAGCUGCCACUGAGACUGGUAUUGUGACAGAAAGAACUGUAGACAAGUUGGUGAUAGCACUGGAGCCAGAGGCCGCCUCACUCUGGUGUAAGAAGCUCCCAUCUGAUGGUUUCGUAACUGAGACGUCUGUCAAAGAAAAACUAGAGCAAGCUCCCGGCACACAAUACAUUGUUGCUGAUUGUGGAGGUGGCACAAUUGACAUAACUGUACACGAGGUGCUGGAUGGCGGAGCCCUGAAGGAGCUGUACAAGGCCUCUGGUAAUGGCCUGGGAGGGCAACUUGUUGACCAAAAAUUCAAAAACUUCCUCAAAGAAAUAUUCUCUGAUGACCUCUGGGAUGAGUAUGAAAGAACCUACCCCGCUGAGCUUCAAAGGAUGAUGUAUGGCUUCUCUAUUGUCAAAUGUGCAGAUGAGGAUGUGGAGAUUUCCUGCCCCUUUAACUUAGGAGAAUUAGCUCAGAAGCGACAAAACAUAGAAAUGUUCUUCAAGACAGUGCAAGGUGCAUCCUGGGAUGAGGGAGCCAUCAAAAUCUCAAAAGAGAAAAUGAGGUCUUUCUAUGAUGAGAGUCUUAGUGGGAUCACUAAGAAUCUUAAGGAAAUCCAGAAGGAAGACUUCAGAAUUUCAUACAUUCUGUUAGUCGGGGGCUUCGCCUCAAGUGAAAUUCUGCGUAAACACAUUACCAAGCAGUUUGGUAAACAGUGUAGGAUGCUGUGCCCUUUUGGGGCACAAGAAGCAAUCAUAAAGGGAGCUGUUAUGUAUGGAAAGCGCCCAGAGCUUGUGGCAUCACGAAAAAGUGCCUUUACUUAUGGGAUUAGUGUGAGUGAGAGGUUUGAUGAGUCCAAGCACAAAGCAGAGAAGUUGCUCUCAAACAAAGAGGGUAAGUGGUGUCUGGACAUUUUCAAACAAAUGGUGAAAAUUGGUGAAGAUGUGGGUUGGGACGAAACCAGAGAGCACAUGUUCUCUCCAAUAGCAGCAGAUCAGACAUCAUGCGUGUUUCGUUUUUUUCGCACAGAGAGAGAAAAUCCGAUGUAUGUGGAUGAGUGGGGACUGGACCCACUUGGGUCAUGUACAGUUGCUAUGCCUGACACCAGACGUGGCAUGAAUCGCAACAUCAAAUUGGAAAUCACGUUUGGCUCCACAGAAAUAAAGGCUACAGCCACUGACAUAGAUUCCAACUCAACAGCAUUUGUCAAGAUAGACUUCAUGAGUUCAUGAGCAUGAGGGAGGUUUACUUCAUGUGGACAAAUGUAUCUCUAAAAAUGUCAGUUGUGGUUUGGGUAAUUGAAUCUUCAAUUCUUGAGUGCAUUUUGCAUGUUUAUGUUUUACAUUAAUUAAAAUUCUCCAGGGUGCAUGAUAAUGCCAUGAUGUAAAAGGAGUCAUUAACUUUUUCUUUCACAAUAAACCAGGAGAACAUGUUGUCUACAGAUGACAAAAUGAUACGUUGUACUGUCAAACACCUGCACUUGAUUGUGUUUCCUACUUCAGCAAGAGGUGAAAUGAAAUGUAUGCAGUAAAGAUUGAUGUACCUUAAUUGUCUCUACAGUGGCCAUGGCCAUUUUGUGAUUAAAACUAUUAAUAGCAAUGAUAUUUACCCAACUGAUAAUUAUAAGCACAGUAGUACAGCUUUAUAGCAAAAGCAUUUGUAGCCUUUAUAUGUGUAUCAAAUGUCAGUCAAGUGUUUUUGCUUAUACACACUUUUGUUCUGUUACCUGAUGAUAGCAACUCUUCAUCCAAACCACUUAAGAAUUAAUUUUCAUAUGUUCC